CGAGUGCACUAUCUGCAGCCAAAGACCCAACCCUCACAGCUCAGAACGGUGCCAAGGAGAAUACUGUACACGGACGACAACAAGGCGUAAUCUUCCAAUCUAACGACGACUAACGGAAUAUAGCCGCUAACACUCGGGCCAUGAUGAAGAGAUGGCGUGAGGCGGCUUUGCUGUCUUUCCUCCUCAUAUGUCUGCUAAAAACCGACUCCACAUGGGCCAGAAGAGGAGGGGGCAGCAGCAGCAGCAGCGGCCGCAGAUCUUCCACCUCCACUUGGGGGAACCGAGGAUCGCAAUCCAAACCGUCCAGCUCGAAUCCGGGAAGCACUUCCAACCGGAACACCAAUCCAUACCCCUCUGGUGGAAAUUACCCUGGAGCAGGAAAUAGAAACCCGUCGAGUUAUCCAGGAGGCGGGAGUUACCCCAACCAGAAUCCUGGCCGAACCAAUCCUGGUGGAUAUCCAGCGGGUGGUAGUUAUCCAAACCAGAACCCAGCAGGUCGUUAUCCAGCUGCUGGUGGGUAUCCCAACCAGAACCCUGCUGGUGGUAGUUAUCCAAACCAGAACCCAGCAGGUCGUUAUCCAGCUGCUGGUGGGUAUCCCAACCAGAACCCUGCUGGUGGUAGUUAUCCAAACCAGAACCCCGCAGGCCGUAAUCCAGCUGCUGGCGGGUACCCCAAUCAGAACCCCGCGGGCGGUUAUCCAAACCAGAACCCUGCAGGCCGUAAUCCAGCUGCUGGCGGGUACCCCAAUCAGAACCCCGCGGGCGGUUAUCCAAACCAGAACCCUGCAGGCCGUAACCCAGCUGGUGGUGGAUACCCCAACCAGAAUCCAAGCAGAGGCGGUACCAACCAAGGAUACCCGGCUGCUGGAGGUUAUCCAAACCAAAAUCCUGGAAGGAAUUAUCCAAAUCAGAACCCGGCUGUUGGAGGCGGCUACCCAAACAGGGGUGGCUACCCGGCUGGAGGGAGCUACCCGGCCGGCGGAAGCUACCCAGCCGGAGGGGGGUAUCCUAACAGGGGUGGCUACCCAGUUGCGGGAGGAUACCCAGCUGCAGGGGGCUAUCCCAACAGAAACCCCUACCAGUAUCCAGCUGCAGGUGGUUACCCAGGGCGUGGUGGAUCAUUCGGCUACCCCCAAGGAAACCCAAAUAACAAGAUUUUGAGUCCCCACAUUGGCGGGGGCGCUUACGGAUACGGCGGUACCGGAAUGGGAGGGUCCCCCUUCUCCCGUUCUGUGCAGAGUAUGGGUUACAAACCCAAAUCUACGGGGUUCGCCAAGAAGGCCAUGCUGGCAGCGGGCGUAGGCGCCGUGGCGGGAAUGGCGGUGGGAUAUGGACUGGGGCGCUUCCCCCGACCGCACUUCUCUUUCCGUAACCCCGAGGAAGAGCAUUACUAUAACAACUACAUGUACCGCCGCUACGGCUCACGAUCCACCGACGAGAAGGACUUUGGCCGCGAUUACGUCUACAAGCCGCCGCCCAGAGCCGAGACCUACGACGCAUUCAUGGCCCGAUGUAUGAACAGAACGGAUCUUCUCAAGGAGCAGAAGACCAACUCCUCUGGGGGUAUCCAAGAUGACGAUGACGACACAGUGAGUAUUGAGGAGAUCGGCUAUCCGUCCCUGGUGGAACAAAUGAAGGCCCGGCGCUGCGUGGAGAAUUACAUGGUCUACUCCGAGCAAUUCCUGCAGGAACGCAAGCCCGAACAUCAGGUCCAGACAGGUCGCAGCGGCCCGCCGAGCGUUGGGGUGGCGCAGUUUUUCCCGUCACUCUUCAUGCUGCUGUUCAGCGUGUUCCUGUUCCAGUAAGAACAAUUAGGCCCUCCAUUAUAGCUGCACGUGUUCAUACAGUAAUGCUGUUAAAGUGUACCCUAUAUACUCGAUAACGUCCAUGAAUUUUGCACCUUCCAGCUCAUUAUUUAGUCAAUCACAGAAUACACUACUCAUAAAAGCUUAGUGACAUGAAGCUUUCAAAAAUGCACUUUGAACUUUAGAGGUGAACUCAUUUUGAGCGUCUCUAAGCUUUGAUGCAAUGGUUUCUAAUACUUUUUACACCACUUGUUGUUCUCUAACAUGGAGCCCAAUGCUGUUUUGAUCCUUGAAUGGACAACCCACGUCCCGGUUCAACCAGAAUUGGUAUUUAAACAGUCGUCUUGCUACAGCCCCUUCGCACCCGUUGGCAUGGUUAAACCAAGACGGCACCGAAGAAUUGAUUCGCAGUUCCUCGCCAAGAGAUCCGAGAUAACAAAAAGACUGAAAGAAAACACCCGUUUGGAACUUGGCUAUUCAACUCCUUGUUAGAAAAUGGCACAUGUGUAUUCAAAACCUUGGAUGUUGAGAUUUCACACACGUACCUAACUUUUUUGAGUAGUGUGUGUAUGUGUGUGUACAUAUACACACACAUACGUACGGGUAGGUGCAUCAAACUAACACAAGGGUGACGGAGUCCCAUGUCUCGUGCAUCUUGCUGAAAAAGGAUUAUAACCCGAAGAAGUAGUUAGUCUAACAUGCACUUGUUUUUUGAUUUGCACUCCAUGUUGUUGAUCACUGAAUACAUAUGUUUUUAAAUUUGCGCUUAUAUUGCAAUUCAUGAUGAUAGUAUCGCUCGUAUAACAAUGCAAACCGGGCUUUAGAUGUUGAGCGCAAUCAGGUUUGGCGGGGGUGUCGUGUAAAGAGUGUGUGCCAGCUGUCGGCGGGCAUUUUGAUGCAAACGUUUUCCCUGGCGUGAUUCAGUUAAAACAAUAAUAUGAUGAAAAACAAUGAGGAAAAAAGUUUUGGAGUUGUAAUAUAAGUUUAAAUUACACGGGCAAUUCUGAGGACCCUGGAAGAUUAAAUUGAGAGGGCAACGCAGAGAUUGAAAUUUGGUUGGACCGAAAAAAA